CUCGGGACUGUGCUGACUGCAGUUCGUUGACCGCUGUUGAGCUACUUGUCCCAACGUUCCCGUUUUGUCAUUUCUGUCUCAUGAUGUGGGGAGCUCGUCCAUGGCAGGCAGGCAGGAAGGAAGGAAGAGGGGGGGCAGCAGCGUUGUAGUGUGUUCUCAUUCAGCCCCCCCCCGGUUAAUUUACAGUAACUCCCGGGCGAGUUACUGUCUCCCUUUGGUUUUACACGGAGACCAUGGCUGUGUUGAAGAUACAAGACCAGCCAUCUUUGUUAAGAGCUAUCUUCAACGUGGACCCAGAAGAAGUUCGCUCCCUCAUAUUCAAAAAAGAGGAUGUCAACAUUCAGGACAAUGAGAAGCGGACACCUCUGCAUGCGGCAGCCUACCUGGGAGAUGCUGAGAUCAUUGAGCUGCUCAUCCUUUCAGGAGCCCGAGUUAAUGCCAAAGAUAACAAGUGGUUGACUCCUCUUCACCGAGCUGUUGCCUCUUGUAGUGAGGAUGCAGUAGCAGUUUUGCUGAAGCACAGUGCAGAUGUUAAUGCUCGGGACAAAAACUGGCAGACGCCGCUCCAUGUAGCAGCCAGCAACAAGGCAGUACGCUGUGCGGAGGCUUUGGUCCCGCUGCUAAGCAAUGUCAACGUGUCUGACCGGGCGGGACGCACUGCCCUCCACCACGCUGCCUUCAGUGGACAUGUAGAGAUGGUGAAGUUGCUGCUGUCCAGAGGAGCCAACAUUAACGCUUUUGACAAGAAGGACAGGAGAGCCAUCCACUGGGCAGCCUACAUGGGUCACUUGGAGGUGGUGAAGUUAUUGGUGGCCAGUGGGGCUGAGGUCGACUGUAAGGACAAAAAGGCCUACACCCCACUCCAUGCAGCUGCCUCCAGUGGCAUGAGCAGCACAGUGCACUACUUACUGAACCUGGGGGUCCACGUGAAUGAGGUGAAUGCCUAUGGAAACACCCCACUCCAUUUGGCCUGUUACAAUGGACAGGAUGUGGUGGUCAGUGAGCUCAUUGAGGCAGGGGCCAACAUCAACCAGGUGAACGAGAGAGGGUUCUCUGCUCUCCACUUUGCCUCCUCCUCGCGCCAGGGGGCGCUGUGCCAGGAGCAGCUGUUAGCCCACGGAGGUCACAUCAACAUGCGGAGUAAGGAUGGUAAGACUCCUCUCCACAUGGCAGCUACCCAUGGAAGGUUUUCCUGCUCUCAGGCCCUCAUUCAAAAUGGAGCUGAGAUUGAUUGUGAGGACAAGAGCAGAAACACUGCCCUUCACAUCGCUGCCCGCUAUGGCCAUGAGCUCAUCAUUACAGCACUCAUCAAACACGGAGCCAGCACCGCAAAGAGAGGCAUUCAUGGGAUGUUCCCUCUACACCUGGCAGCUCUCAGCGGCUUCUCAGAUUGCUGCAGGAAGCUGUUGUCCUCAGGAUUUGACAUAGACACCCCUGACAACUUUGGAAGGACAUGUCUACAUGCCGCUGCAGCUGGAGGGAACCUGGAGUGUCUGAACCUGCUGUUAAACAUAGGAGCAGAUUUUAAUAGGAAAGACAAGUUUGGAAGGACUCCAUUACACUAUGCAUCAGCCAACUGUAACUACCAGUGUGUGUUUGCCUUGGUGGGCUCCGGGGCAAGCAUUAAUGAGCUGGACCAGAGAGGCUGCAGCCCCCUGCACUAUGCUGCUGCAGCUGACACUGAUGGAAAGUGCGUGGAGUACCUGUUGAGGAACGAUGCUGAUCCAGCAGUGAGAGACAAACAAGGUUACACCGCCGUGCAUUAUGCCUCAGCCUACGGACGCACCCUCUGCCUGGAAUUGAUGGCCAGUGAGACACCGCUUGAUGUGUUAAUGGAGACAUCAGGAACAGACAUCCUGAGUGACUCAGAGAGCCAGGCCCCUGUCAGUCCACUGCAUCUGGCGGCUUACCAUGGACACUGUGGAGCAUUAGAGGUCCUCUUGUCAUCCCUGCUGGAUGUGGACGUUCGCAGCCCAGAGGGCCGAACCCCGCUCAGCCUGGCCUGCUCCAGGGGUCAUCAGGAGUGUGUGUCCCUGCUGCUGCACCACGGCGCCUCACCCAUGACCCAUGACUACACACACAAAAAGACAGCUGUACACGCUGCAGCUACAAAUGGCCAUCCAGAGUGCCUGCGUCUGCUCAUGAACAACAACGACCAACGCAUAAAUGUGGACGUACAAGACACCAGCGGACAGACUCCUCUGAUGUUGGCAGUGCUGAACGAACACACAGAGUGUGUGUACUCUCUGCUCAGUCAAGGAGCCAGUGUAGAGAAUCAGGACUGCUGGGGGAGGACGGCACUACACCGAGGGGCAGUGACAGGCCAGGAGGAGUGUGUGGAGGCCCUCCUCCAGCGGGGGGCCAGUGUGUGUGUGAGGGACACCUGGGGACGCUCCCCUCUUCACCUGGCAUCCGCUUGUGGCCGUGUGGGUGCCCUGGGCGCCCUACUGCAGGCCACUAGCGCCUCACACAUUGACACACACCUCACUGACAACCAGGGCUACACACCACUGCACUGGGCCUGCUACAACGGAUACGAUGCGUGUGUGGAGGUGUUGUUAGACCAGGACGUGUUCAGGAAGAUUAAGGGCAACACAUUCAGUCCACUGCACUGUGCUGUCAUGAACGAUAACGAGGGAGUGGCUGAGAUGUUAAUUGACUCCCUAGGCACAACUAUCGUCAACACCACAGACUCUAAGGGCAGGACCCCCCUUCACGCUGCAGCUUUUUCCAACCACGUGGAGUGCGUUUCCCUUCUUCUGAGCCAUGGAGCUUGGGCAAACGUAGUUGACACAAACAUGCGCAGGACACCGCUGAUGAUGGCAGCUCUAAACGGACAGACCAAUGCUGUGGAGGUGCUGGUGAGCAGCGCUAAAGCAGACUUGGCACUACAGGAUUCAAAGAGGAACACAGCAUUACAUCUGGCUUGCAGCAAGGGUCAUGAGACGAGUGCCUUGCUGAUUCUGGAGAAGAUCAGCGACAGGAACCUCAUCAACUGCACCAAUGCUGCUCUCCAAACGCCCCUGCAUGUGGCCGCCAGGAAGGGUUUGACGGUGGUGGUCCAGGAGCUACUGGGGAAAGGAGCCAGUGUAUUAGCAGUGGAUGAGAAUGGUUACACUCCAGCUUUGGCCUGCACUCCCAACCGUGAUGUCGCCGACUGCCUGGCCCUCAUCCUGAACUCCAUGAUUCCCACCUCCCCCAUGGUCACCAUAGCAGCUUUACCUGCACCUUCUCUCGCUCAGACAGUCGUCAACCACCACCCCACCUCCAACCACAUCUCCAAAGGCGUGGCCUUUGAUGCCCCACCCACUCUGAGGCCUGACCACGCCUCCUACUGCAGGCCGGAACGCCCGCUGUCCUCUGUCUCUGCAGACGAUGAACUGAAUGACUCGGAUUCAGAGACAUACUGAGAACUAUUUGACAGAGCCCCACAAUUCUGCAAGGCUAGCCGGCCACUCAGGAGCCUUAAUAGUUCACUGAUAAGGGACAAAAAGAGAGGGAAGAGGGAGAAAAUAGAGCCAGAGUAUUUUUAGGUAAGCCUCGUCAAAUUUAAUAAUUGUUGUAAAAACGAUUUUGUUUCCUUAAGGUGCAUACCCAUGGGGUGGUUUUAAACCUUUACAGUUUUUCUUUCAACUACUACUAUAAGAGCAUCUAGUGAAGAAAAACUCAGAGGACAGUUUUUUUGGCACGAUUGUGUAAAGAAAAAAAACAAGCAAACAGAGGGACAGUCUUAUGGGACCAGGUGACUGAUGAGCUGUUUUCCCUACUGUGCUUUUGAGUUUUAUUUCCGUUUUUCUUCAAACUAUUGUGGCAGACACUGAUGGCUCUCGCACAUUGGCAGUGCUGCAUCAUUGAUUUUGAACCACUCUUUGAUUCCCAGGAGAGGAAGUCAUUAUUGAAUCCUAUGAAUUUAUUCUAUAUUAUGGAGACUGAAUCCUUGGGAGCUGUUUCUGACAGCAGGUGGAUGUGAGACCCAUUUGCUGUAUGAUUGGUUCAGGAGUCAGCUGGUUGACGGUGCAAACGAGCACUCGGAGGAACUUUUAACUUGCAAUGCUGUAAACUACUUAAUGUUGUGUACUGUACUGGAGACAGGAGAAAGCAACUGACACUGUGCAUAUGUGUGUGUAAGAGAGAUUGUGUGUGUGUGCGUUAGUGUGUGUGAAACAAAGACAAAUUAAUAAAUAUUGCCUUUUGAGGAACAAACAGCUUUCAGGCAGAGAAUGAA